CGCUCUUUUUUCUCUCUCUAGAAGCCAUUAAAAAAAAUCGCUUCUUUCUCUCUGAUCUUUAAAGAAAAAAAUACAAAAAUGCAAGACCAAGCAGCCAGUUCAAUUCCUGCAUAUUCUUUUCCGUCUAGCAGUGAGAGAUCUUCAAGUUCUGCUCCUCAACUUGAAGUCAAAGAAGGUAUGGAGAGUGAUGAGGAAAUAAGAAGAGUGCCAGAGAUGAGCGGUGAACCGGCCGGGACAUCAGCCUCUGGCAGAGAGACCGGUUCAAUUGCCGGUCCGGGCAGAGUGCAGCCUGCAGGAGAGGGACAAAGUCAGAGAAAGAGAGGUAGGAGUCCAGCAGACAAAGAAAACAAGAGGCUAAAGAGGUUGUUGAGGAAUAGAGUAUCAGCCCAGCAAGCAAGGGAAAGGAAGAAGGUGUACUUGACUGAGUUGGAAACACGAGUUAAAGACUUGGAAAAGAAGAAUUCUGAGCUUGAAGAGAAGCUUUCUACCUUGCAGAAUGAGAAUCAAAUGCUUAGACAUGUAUGUUUCCAUAGUCCCAUCCUUGCAUCAAUUUUUUUCUUGUUAUAAUAUUAGUUUAUUACCAGGAGGCUAUGACAUUGUGAUAUCUAAAUUGGAAAAAUAAAAUAAAAUUAUGCAAAUAAUCAACAUGGAUGAUCGGUGAAUGAGUGCAAUGAUAAUGAGAUAUAUAGGAUCUUGGCAUCUUGUUGCGUAUUUAAGAGAGAAGAAAUUGAAAAUGAAAGGCCUGACUUGAAGAAAGAAAAGGAGGUUCAUGAACUUAUCGUUACGGGGAGUAAGUAGGUGAGCUCACACGAGGCAUAUGACCAUAUCUUUAGUUUUCAUGACUGAUAUUUUGUUUGAUGUUUUUUAUUUUUUUUGGCUGUUGUGAUGGAAUGUUAGGUCUGAUAAAGACACAAAAUAAGAAGAUUUUUUUAACAACGAGUAUAUAGCAAUUAGCAUACCCACUUGGUCAUGUCCAGUUGCCACCAAUGUUGUAGCAUGUGCAUUUGAAUGUCACCUGUCAAUUACUGUCCCUUUGAAUUCUUGUCUUUCAAAACCUUGCCGUAUUUUGAAUCUUUUGAUUCCUACUUACCAUGGCGCACUAGGCAUGGUGGGAGUUCCUUGGGCUUUGAGAAGACCUCUAGUUGGUGGUGGACUGGUGGUGGUAGGCCAAUAUUGGACAGUGCUCCAUCCAUCAUCUGCAAUAGGGCUGAACUGGGCAACAAUAUACUAUCUGAGUUUUUCUUAAUGGGGCUGUUUCUGGAACCCAUUUAAUGGUUGCAUGAUUUGAAAAACCCCAAUGACAUCCAAAAACCAUAUUGCAUGGAAAAAUUGCUUGAAGCUCAAAUCUUUCUGAUUUCUUGCGCUGAAAUCUAUUGAUGUUUUUAUUCUUCGAUCAUGAAAUGGUUUUACAUUUUG